UGUUCACGUGUGUAAAUCAUGAAAAGGGGCGUGGACAGCAGCUGGCGUCGUGACGUCAUCUCGCCGCGCCAAACAAAGCUCCAUGUGCAGAAGGAGGGAAAAAAGGAAAGUGGAGCCGCUCCGCCGAAACCGGAGAAAAGAUGAAGAGGAGAAACUUUACCGUGUGAGCCCGGACAGCUUUAUCUGAGCCGCUGGACCUCCGCGACACACACACCUCACCUCCGGCCAAGAAAGACGUGAAGAAGAGGAAGAAGAAAAGAAAGAGGAAGAAGAAGGAGAAGCGGAGGAGAAGAGGAGGAGAAGAGGAGGAGGAGGAAGAGGGGAGCUGCCGGAGUUUAAAGUUUAAAGGCCGGAGCCGGAGGCGCCAGGAGGAAUGGCACAAGAAUAGACACUUUAGCCGCUUUUCCACCGCUGCUACGGAUGCAGGUCGUCGGCCGUUCUGUGUGAAACAGGAAACUGACGGACUGAUGGAGGAGGAGCAGAGAGACAGGAGGGAGGAAGAGGAGGAGGAGGAGGAGGAGGAAGAGGAGCGAACGAUGAAGGUGGACGCCAAAGACAAAGCCGUCCGGCAGCUGAUUGGUGGACAGACUCCGGGCUCCGCCUCCUCCUCCUCCUCUCCUUUCCUCUCCUCCUCUCUCCGCCGGGGAGGAAGAGGAGGCGAGGAGGAGGGUGUAGAAGAAGAGGAGGAGGUCAGUGUUGCUAUAGUAACCGUGGAGGACGAGUCGUGCCCGUCGGAGCCGUUCGGGACCGCCCACCUGGAAACGGCCAAUCAGAUCAGGAGGGAGAGUGGAAGAGAGGAGGAGGAGGAGGAGGAAGAGGAGGGCAGGAAUGAGCUGAUGGUGGAAGAAGAAGAAGAAGAAGAAGAGGAGGAGGAGGAGGAGGAGGCAAAUCAUGAAGAUGGAGAGGAGGAAGAGGAGGAGGUGACAUCAGCAUUAGUCCUCCUGCACAGCCAGAUGAAGAGGAAGCUGGAUCACGGUCCAGACGGUCGGCCCUUCCCUUCAGGAAAGAAACACUGCAAAGGCAACGGUUACCUCAGUCCCUCCAGUCUGGUUCAGGCCACGCCCACCACAUUCGGCGACCUGCGGCUGGCCAAUGGGCACUCGGCUCAGCGGCGGCGUGUCACCUCGGGCCCGCCCCCUUCUGGCCUGCAGGACUGGUUGCACACCUUUCAGGCGUGGAGCGGUCCUGAGAGGCUAUUGGCUCUGGACGAGUUGAUUGACAGGUGUGAGACCAAUCAGGUGAAGCACAUGAUGCAGGUGAUCGAGCCGCAGUUCCAGAGAGACUUCAUAUCCCUGCUGCCCAAAGAGCUGGCCCUGUACGUGCUGACCUUCCUGCAGCCCAGAGAUCUGCUGCAGGCGGCUCAGACCUGCAGGUACUGGAGGAUCCUGGCCGAGGACAACCUGCUGUGGAGGGAGAAGUGCAGGGAGGAGGGGAUAGCGGAGUGUGUGUCGUCGCGGCGCAGGAAGAGUGUGAGGCCCGGCGCGGCGGUCAGCCCGUGGAAGUCGGCGUACAUCAGACAACACCGCAUCGAGAGCAACUGGAGGAGCGGAGACACACGGGAGCCCAAGGUGUUGAAGGGUCAUGAUGAUCAUGUGAUCACCUGUCUGCAGUUCAGUGGUGAUCUGAUCGUCAGCGGCUCCGACGACAACACACUCAAAGUGUGGUCUGCUGUCAGCGGCAAGUGUUUGCGGACCUUGACCGGCCACAGUGGGGGGGUGUGGUGCAGUCAGAUGUCGGUUGCCACGGUGAUCAGCGGCUCCACGGACCGGACGCUGCGGGUGUGGGACGCAGAGAGCGGCGAGUGUGUCCACACGCUGUACGGACACACGUCCACCGUGCGCUGCAUGCAUCUCCACGGCAACCGGGUGGUGUCGGGGUCCCGGGACGCCACGCUGCGUGUGUGGGACGUGUCGACGGGCCGCUGCGAGCACGUGCUGACGGGCCACGUGGCGGCGGUGCGCUGCGUGCAGUACGACGGGCGCCGCGUGGUGUCGGGGGGCUACGACUACAUGGUGAAGGUGUGGGACCCCGAGACCGAGGCCUGCCUGCACACGCUGCAGGGCCACACCAACCGAGUGUACUCCCUGCAGUUUGACGGUGUGUUUGUGGUGAGCGGGUCGCUGGACACGUCCAUCCGAGUGUGGGACGCAGAGACAGGUGGGUGUGUCCACACGCUGACCGGCCACCAAUCGCUGACGAGCGGCAUGGAGCUGCGGGACAACAUCCUGGUGUCCGGGAACGCCGACUCCACCGUCCGCGUGUGGGACGUCCGGACGGGCCAGUGUCUGCACACACUGCAGGGGCCCAACAAGCACCAGUCGGCGGUGACGUGCCUGCAGUUCUGCCGCGGCCUGGUCCUGUCCAGCUCCGACGACGGGACGGUCAAACUGUGGGACCUGAGGACCGGGGCCUGGCUGAGGGACGUGGUGGCCCUGCAGAGCCGAGGAUCAGGCGGUGUGGUCUGGCGAAUCAGAGCGUCCGACACUCGGCUGGUCUGCGCCGCCGGCAGCAGGAACGGCACCGAGGAAACCAAACUGCUGGUGUUAGACUUCGACCUGGAGGAGAGCAAGAGAGCGGAGUGAUGUCAUCAAACUGAGACGGGAGGAGGGACGAAUGUCAUGAAUGACUAAAGAAGACUCUGAACACACACACACACACACACACACACACACACACCUCUCUGACCAAAGUCAUAGCUGGAUCCAGCUGCAGGUAUGAAUGUUACAUGACAGACAGACGGGUCAUCGUACAGAGCACAGCUGGACGGACAGGCAGUCGUCAUGGCGACUGCAUUCACACGGAGGAACGGGACGGGAUGGGACAACAUGGCCGCUGCAGCCGAGACGGACCAAACUGGGCGCCACCGGACACAAAACAAACGUUGACUAUGUUGAUUGGACAGAGACAUCGGCUGUGGCAACAAAUGAAUGUUUGAUGGACAGAUCGAUGGAUGUAAACCGUUGCUAUGGCAACAAAUGAAUGUUUGAUGGACAGAUCGAUGGAUGUAAGUGGUCGCUAUGGCAACAAAUGAAUGUUUUGACGGACAGGCGGAUGGAUAUCAAAGAGCGAACGGACAGGGAGAGAAACUGUUUCAUGACUGUUUGUCGAUGACGAGGACGACGUCACAAACCGGCCAAUCAGCUUCUGACGCUGACUGCGACCGGUGCCCAGGACAGCCAAUAGGGGGAGGGAGGGAGGGGGAGGGGGCGGGUCGGACCUUCACUGCUGCUGAACCAAUGAGGAGGUCGAUCCAGGUUUGAACCGACCAGUCAAACUUUACCAAAACUCUGCGGCCGGGGACACACGGGGCGACUUCCUGAGGCAACUGAGACGGGCGAGCCAAGAUGGAGGAGCAGAGCCAACAGAUGCUAACAGAUGCUAAAGGCUAACGGGGGGAUACGAGCAGCAGAGGGAGUUUGAUUCAUCACCUGACGCCUGUUUAGCAAACAUUUACCCAAAAAAACCCUUCCCUCCUGUUGGGUGUUGGCGUUAAGCAAAGGGCUCGACUCAGCGAUAAACCUCAGACACUUUCAGCUUUACAUUCAUUUUUUUACGGAUUUCCUCCUUUAAUCCUCACCUAGCUUUGCCGGUUGCCCGUCUGCGUUGCCUCUAAACACAGGCCCGUGUGUGUGUGUGUGUGUGUGUGUGUGUCCCCGGCUGGGCUGUAUCAUAUCUAGUGUACAGAAAACUGUGUGUGUGACCUGCUGGAGCCGCCGAGGCUGGAGGAUUCUGGGAUAAAAACAAACAAAAAGGUAGUUUAAGCUCAAGUGUGAUUUAAAAUGCAGCCACAGCCUCAAGUCCACAGCAGCCCAGACAAAGAUUUAGAAUCCUCUCUUCCCGAGAAGAAAAAAAAUCAUUUCAGGUCUUGUAAUUAAUUUUUCUCGCUGCUCAACACCUUCCUGGGAAAAAAACUACAGGUUUACUGCCCGCAAAAUCCCACACACACCUGCUUUUUUCAGCGUUUUAUCUUGUAAAUUUUACUCACCAUCGUCUAGUUUCUCCUGCAGAAAUUGGAGGUAAAGCCACAGAGAAACUGGAGGGUCGCUGCACUUUUACUGCGUUUUCAGUCAUUUAUUGCAAUAAAUGGCUGAAAAUGCAGAAAAAAAGAAGUUUUUUUUGCUGCUGUAAAUCAGAUUUAAUCACUUCUGUCAAAAUCAAAAAGCAGGAAAACACUAAAUUCAUCACCUCAAUUCCUCGUUAAAGUAGAAGCUACAAGGUCCAUUUAGGAAAAGAAGUUUAUUACUGAACACUUUAUUAGUCAAAAACACAGUUUAUUCAGUGAUUUAUUUUGCUCUGAAUCCAAAUUCUGCGUUUGUCUCAGCGAUGAAUCUUUUCAGUUUCAUCACAUUUCGAUGCGGCUCUGAUCUCCAAAGGGUUUCUCCCGGCGUCUCCCCUCGCCUGGUGAAAUAUUGAGAAGAUAAAUAAUUAAAAACAACUCGCCCCGGCCCCGUGAUUAAGGCCGAUAGAUAAGCUGCCGUUGCCAGGCAACACUCGCAGCCAAUAGGCAGCGGUCCCGGAGAGAUCUUCCCCGGCAACAGGUGUGAUUUCCAGGAAGUGUCGGGCGGAGGGAAGCGGCUGUGGACGAGAGGCUGCGGGUUUGUAAUCGUGUAAAAUAAUGUAAAUACACAGAGGAUGUACAUAUUCAGCUUUUUAUAA